AUGCCUCCGGCCCGUAGCCUCCGCACCCGAGGUAUCAUGAAUGAGAACGACGAGAACGGCCUUUCGACGCGUGUGACGCGGGCCAAGGCCGCCGCUCUGACCACCGACGGUGCUGUUGAUGGGGCCAAGAAGCCGUUGCAGACGAAGCGAACAACGACAACUGCCAGUGGCGUUCCACGUCGCCGUGCUGCCCUGGGAGAUGUGAGCAAUGUCAAUAAGGUCGAUGCCACUGAGAUCAAGGAUGGAAAGAAGACCGUCGCUGGCAAGGCCGGCCUGACCUCGAAGGCAACGGUCCAGACUGGGGGAGUCCAGAAGCUCAGCCGUACCAACUCAUCACGGACUGCCGUUGGUACUGUCGCUAGCAACACCAGGAAGCUUAACGAGAAGCCUGAGAUUAAGCGCCCGGCCAGCAUGAAGCGGCCCUCCACCAAGACUGGCAAGGAUGAGCAACAAACUGAAGAGCCCCCACGAAAGAAGGUCGACAACAACAAGAAGGCCGUGCCAGUCGAUGACGUGAAGGAUGGGGUCAAGAAAAUCCCGGAGGAGGCGCUGCCUGAGUAUUUGGACCUGGAUACCGAGGACCUCGACGACCCAUUGAUGGCCGCGGAAUACGUGGUGGAGAUCUUCGACUAUCUGAAGGAUCUGGAGAUGACCACCAUGCCCAACCCUGAAUACAUUGAGCACCAGCCAGAUUUGGAGUGGAAGAUGCGAGGUAUCUUGGUUGAUUGGUUGAUCGAAGUUCACACCCGUUUCCGCCUCCUCCCAGAAACCCUGUUCCUUGCCGUCAACAUCAUCGACCGUUUCCUCUCUGCGGAGGUCGUCGCCCUGGACCGCUUGCAGCUCGUUGGAGUGACCGCCAUGUUCAUCGCCUCCAAGUAUGAGGAAGUUCUGUCCCCCCACGUUGCCAACUUUAGCCAUGUCGCCGAUGAGACAUUCUCCGACAAGGAGAUCUUGGAUGCGGAACGUCACGUCCUUGCGACUCUUGAAUACAACAUGAGCUUCCCCAACCCGAUGAACUUCCUUCGACGCAUUUCCAAGGCCGACAACUAUGACAUUCAAACCCGGACUCUCGGAAAGUAUCUUAUGGAGAUUAGCUUGCUCGACCAUCGAUUUAUGGGCUUUCCCCAGAGCCACAUCGCCGCCGCUGCCAUGUAUCUGGCACGCCUCAUUCUUGAGCGCGGAUCCUGGGAUGCCACUCUUGCCCACUAUGCUGGGUACACGGAGAAGGAGAUCGACCCGGUCUUCCGCUUAAUGAUCGACUAUCUCCACCGUCCUGUCUCUCACGAGGCCUUCUUCAAGAAAUACGCUAGCAAGAAGUUCUUGAAAGCCUCCAUCUUGACACGCCAGUGGGCCAAGAAGUACCACAGCAUGUACAUCGACAGCUCUCUCUCGGAGCCGUACACUUACAUCAAGGACAGCGAACAGUAA